AUGGCAAUACAAAUACCUGCAGAUAAGACAGAUCUACAGCAUUUCCAUUUGUCCGCCUCUCUUCAGCGGUUAAGCUGUGUAUUAUUGCCUCGUUUGUAUGAUCUGCAGGCUAGCUCUAUUGAAAAAUGCCUCAAAACAAAGGGAACAAAACCCUUUCACAGCAGUGAGUUUCAUAUGCAUGCAGGUUUGCCAGAACCAAACAAAGACAGUAUAUUCCAAGGACUGAGAGUGGAUCAAGGAUUCUACACAUCUAAAGACUUCCUACCUUUGGUAGCAAUGGCAAGUAAACCAGGGAUGUGUGUCUGUCACUCUCCAUUGCCAUCGAUACGUGGAACUGUGAUUGUACUUGGGGCAGGAGACACAGCCUUUGACUGUGCAACAUCUGCUUUACGCUGUGGAGCUCGUCGUGUAUUUGUGGUCUUCAGGAAGGGAUUCACUAAUAUCAGGGCUGUCCCAGAAGAGAUGGAACUUGCAAAAGAAGAGAAGUGUGAAUUUCUGCCUUUCCUUUCCCCUCGGAAAGUUGUACUUAAAGGUGGACAAAUUGUUGCUAUGGAGUUUGUUCGAACUGAACAAGACAAUGAUGGGAACUGGAAAGAAGAUGAGGAUCAGGUUGUCCAUCUGAAAGCUGAUGUGGUGAUCAGUGCCUUUGGCUCUAUUUUAAGUGACGCCAAAGUCAGAGAGGCCUUGGCACCUAUCAAGUUUAACAGAUGGGGUCUUCCUGAAGUAGAUCCAGAAACUAUGCAAACAAGUGAACCCUGGGUUUUUGCAGGAGGUGACAUUGGUGGUCUUGCCAACACUACAGUGGAAUCAGUAAAUGAUGGAAAACAAGCUUCCUGGUACAUGCACAGAUAUAUACAGUCCUUACAUGGUGUUGCAGUUUCUACAGUUCCAGAACUGCCACUCUUCUAUACUCGAAUCGAUUUAGUAGACAUCAGUGUCGAAAUGGCUGGACUGAAGUUUCCAAAUCCUUUUGGCCUUGCCAGUGCAACCCCUGCUACCAGUUCUUCAAUGAUUCGAAGAGCUUUUGAAGCUGGAUGGGGCUUUGCUGUCACUAAAACAUUCUCCCUGGAUAAGGAUAUUGUGACCAAUGUGUCUCCGAGGAUUGUGCGUGGAAUUACUUCAGGUCCUAUGUACGGCCCAGGCCAAGGCUCUUUUCUAAACAUUGAACUGAUCAGCGAAAAAACAGCAGCAUAUUGGUGUAGAAGUAUUGGUGAGCUGAAGGCUGACUUUCCAAACCAUAUUCUGAUUGCCAGUAUCAUGUGCAGCUAUAGCAGGGAGGACUGGACUGAACUUUCAAAAAUGGCUGAGGUUGCUGGUGCAGAUGCGCUUGAGUUAAAUUUAUCAUGUCCUCAUGGUAUGGGGGAGAGAGGCAUGGGCCUGGCCUGUGGGCAGGAUCCAGAGCUGGUACGGAACAUCUGUCGCUGGGUUAGACAAGCUGUUCAUAUUCCUUUCUUUGCCAAGCUGACCCCAAAUGUCACUGAUAUUGUGAAUAUUGCGAUGGCUGCACAGGAAGGUGGAGCAGAUGGUGUUACAGCCACCAACACUGUGUCGGGACUGAUGGGACUGAAAGCAGACAGCACACCUUGGCCAGCAGUUGGGGGAGGACUGAGGACCACAUAUGGUGGCAUGUCAGGAAACGCUAUUAGACCCAUCGCCCUCCGCGCAGUGUCUGCCAUAGCCCGUGCUCUCCCAGGAUUUCCCAUCUUAGCAACUGGAGGCAUUGAUUCUGCUGAAAGUGGGCUCCAGUUUCUGCACAGUGGAGCUUCUGUUUUACAGGUGUGCAGUGCAGUCCAGAAUCAAGAUUUUACUGUUAUCGAUGACUACUGCACUGGACUGCGAGCUCUUCUUUACCUAAAAAGCAUUGAGGAGCUUGAAGACUGGAAUGGACAGAGUCCUGCAACCAUGCGUCAUCAGAAAGGAAAACCAGUACCUAGAAUCGCUGAUCUGAUGGGAAAG